UUUUCUCUCUCACUUUUCGUUUUAAUUCUUAUGUAGUUUUAUUUAAUUUGUCCCUUUCCAUUGUUUGGUUUUAUAGUGAUUUUUUAUGCUAGUUAAGGGAAGCUAUCCAAAUAUAUAGAAUGUAAAGAUAACAAUGACUAUAUUAUAAGAUACGUUUCAAAGUUCUUAUCAGCAAUUUUGGUCAAACAUAUAACUCAAUUAGGAGACACUUGAAAUGGUAGUGAAAUAUUUUUUUUUGAAUUGAAAAGUAAAAAUGGAUUUCCUAAUUCAGUUAGGAGACACUUGACAUGGUAGCAAAAUAUCAAUUUUAAAUAUCAUAAUAUAUAGUUACUUUAUGGUAGUGAUAAUUUUUUAUUAAUAAGUAUAUAUGUUAUUGUAAUAAAAUUAGUUUAUUUCUUUUCUUAGAGAGCCAACUCAGCAAAGCCUAUAAAUUUUACAAAUCUCAUAAUUUUUUAAAAAUUAAUAAAUGGUUUAUAUUUUUCACCUUCUUCAUAUUUAGAUAAAAUAUAUUAAAAUAUUUAAUUACUUAAUAAAUACUUUAUAAUCAGUACUCUAUUUUCAAUUUACUAAAUUUUGUACAUCAAUCAUUCUAUUGACAUAUAUUGAUUUAGCAAUUAAGAAUACAUAGUAAAAAGUAAAUAGAUUUUAAGAAUAAAGAAAAAAAUUCAUAAAACAAAAAAGAUUCAUUUACGAUAUAUUAGAUGUUUCAUCAAAUUAAGCCAAAAAGGUGAACCUUACGAAUUAUUCUCUCUUUCAUGGUACCAAGUUUAGUCUAAGAGUAAAAAAAAACUAUGGAAACCCAUAAUCAGCGAGUAUAUUUUUUUUUUUUUGUAAAUGAAAAGGGUUAAACCCGGGUCUAUUAAAGACACAGACCUAACCCCCGGGUGGAGGUACAGCCCACGGAUAGACCCUCUCCUGGGCAUUCAAAUGAGCCGAAAGCAAUAGCCCAUAUCCGUGUGGCCAGCGGGGUUCGAACCAGGGUUCGCCGUAUUGGGUUUAAUCCAAUACGGCGAACCCUGGUUCGAACCCCGCUGGCCACACGGAUAUGGGCUAUUGCUUUCGGCUCAUUUGAAUGCCCAGGAGAGGGUCUAUCCGUGGGAAAAUAAAAAAUAAUACAUAGCAAAUAAAACAGUAAACAAAAGAACAAUGAGCUUUUCUUGAUACUAAUCAUCUAACUGUUUACCUAGCACCAUUUCUGAGUUAUUAAACUGCAUGUUGUACAACAUGGAAAAACUAAAGUAAAUCAAUCUGCCAAUAACAUUCAGUAUUGCCCAUUUUUUGUGUAACCCCAACAAAACUUGUCAUUUCUAUUGAAUUAUUUAAUGGACAAACUGUGAAUGACUUAUAUAUCCUUUUGGAGCAACUAGGUUCUCCAGCGUAUAUACAUUUCACUCUUUAGGCUCUCCAUGUAUGAAUUCACUCACUGUCAUCCUUGGAUGUACUACUAAAACAUUAGGCAGGAUGGUGUUGUAGGGAUUAUAAGAAUCUAUGGAUCCUCACAUACUCUUACCUGAAAACCUGAAUUUACUUUCCGUUGGAUCCCCAAAGUCAAAUACAUGAUACAAAACUAGUAAAAAUAUUGAGCAAGUAUAUUUUUUUACUUUAAGAUUGACAAUAAAAUGAAUAGAACUAGACCGAUAUCCAAAAUGUGCAUACCUAUGAUUACAUUCAUUCAUUUAAUGAUAUCAUUUUAACCCAGAUUCAUUAUUUUUAAAUCUCAUAUUAGGAGUGUGAUCAGUGUAAUUGGAGUAAUUUGGAAUAAUUAAAAUUAGAGGUAAUGAAUAAAAAAUGAAAAAAAAAUAGAGGUAACUAGAGUAAAACUUUUACUCUUAUAAAAAUGAGAGGAAUAUCUUGUUCUACAAAUCCACUAAAAAUCAUUUCCUCUCACUGAACUAAAAUGAUUUUGAUAUGAUUUUUUUAUUCUAGAGUAAUUCAGCUUAAAAUUGUUUUUUCCUCAAAUAUUUUACUAGCUAUACAGUCACAGCCUUGGUAAGUUCUUUUAGGCGUGUUGUGCAGCAUUUUCUCGUAAAACAUUUAAUAACUACCAAAAAUAAUAUGAAUAUAAAUAAUUAAUUAAUUAUAGCAGUUCUCUAUCUAUAUGUGGUCGUCUCUUUAUGAGUUCUCUUUAUAUCAUCUAGUUUCUCCCUCUCUCAUUCUCUUUUUUCACGAAUCUAAUAAUAAUGUAAAUUCACAUAAAGAGAGAUUUAAACAUAGGAUGAAUUUGUGAAAUAACUAAGUUUGAAAUAAAAAUUGAGUGUAGAACAUUGAUUUUGACAGAAUUAAGUAUCUAACAAUUAAGUUUGAUUUGAGUAUGUUUUACUCCUUGGACUUACAAGUAACCGGUAAAGGAGAGAUGGUGAGAUGAUAUAUAUUUUUUUUUUUGAUAACUCUGGUAUCUGGGCAGCCACAUUCCCAACUAUCCCCCCGAAAGGGGUCCAGCGCCCCAACGGAAAGGAUGUUAAAUCUGUUGUGGUCAAGACUCGAACCCGGGUGGCGGACAGUACAGCUGUACCUCCUUUACCACCAAGCUACGAGCGCUUGGUUUGGUGAGAUGAUAUUGACAACAUGUAUGACCAUUACUUACCACGAACUAUUAUCUUAAAAGGAAAGAUACACAUUCUAUGUCACGUACUAAAUAACCGCAUACGUUUCAUUUUCACUGUGUUCAAUUUAAUAAGUGGACAAAAAUAAAACAUCCCUGCAGUAAACGGUAUUCCAUUAACUACUUAUUAACAAAAUAAUAUAGAACACCAAUUACAUCUCUACUCUAAAUACUUAACCCUAAUCACUAAAUUCUAAACCUAAAUAUAAAUUUUAAAUACAAAUAUAAACCCUAAGCUCAGAUAAAAUGGAACAAAAUCAAUAGUAUAGUAUAUAUUGGUAAAAUUAUGAAUUGUAUAUGCCUCCAUGUAAGAAGUUAUGUUGACUCCAACCUCAACCCCUACCUUCCAAUUACUAAACCCUAAACCCAGAAUAACUAAACCAUAAAUCCAAAUUUAAACCCUAAACCCAAAUUUAAACCCUAACCCAAAUAUUAAAAUCUUAAAAUAGUGCAUAAUAUUAUGUAAUAUUAAACUAUACUAAAUACUAAACUCUAAACUCUAAAUCCUAAUUACUUAACCCUAAACCUAAAUAAAUAGAUUAAGCUAAACCCUAAUCAAGGAAGUAUAAACCCAAAUAGAAUGUAUAUAAUAUGGUUUACUAUACCCAAACCUUUAUUAGUAAAUCUAAACCCUAGGCAGGAACCUAUAAACCCAAAUAAAAUAUAUAAAUUGUUUUCCAAUAUUAAACACUUGAAAGCACAUUUAAUUGGUUAGCAUGUUGCAUAUCUUAUAUUCCAUAUAGUCUAAGUAGUAUAGUAAACGAAUGUUUCAAAUAAUCAAAUUUAUCCAACACUCAAAAAUGAAUUUCAUAUUACAAUCAAUCACACAAAAUGACAAAGAAGAGACCUAUCAAAAUUAAAAACAUGACAUAUUAUUACAUUUUUAAGGAGUAGUAUAGAGAUAUGUCUCAAAUAGUACGGUAACCGUAUAUAGGUAGCUAUCUUAAGAAUAUAUACUAUACUAUUCAUUUCACCGAAUAUAGUAUAGAUGUUGAGUUCAUCUUCUUUAGUUCUUUUUUUAGCUAGGCUGAUACACAUUCAUUUCGUUCACCAUUAUUAUUCUUCACCACCAUAUAGAGAUCGUCUUCAUCUCCUCUCUUAUUCCCGACACGACGAUGCUUUUACCGACUCGUCAUCGUUGUUCUUCACCACUGGAUCUGUAAAACAAGAACAUAAACGAAAACAGAGUAUGGAAACGAAAACAUGAAUGUGAGAAUCAAUUGAUUUAAGAAAAAAAAAGAAAAAAAAAAUGAAAGAGUUGUGUUGUGUGCUCACCGACCAUGCUUUCAUCGUUGUCUUUUUUUUUUACCAUUGGAUCUGUAAAACAAAAACAGAAAUGAAAACAGAGUAUGAAAACAAAAGCAUGAUUGUGAGAAUCAAUUUAUCUAAGAAAAAAAAGGAAAAAAAAUGAAAGUGUUGUUGCGUGUGCUCACCGUCUAUGACUUCAUCGUUGUCUUUUCUUUAAAACAAUUGAUUGUUCUUUUGGUGAAAAGAAAUUCAAUUCAAAAAAAAUGUGUGAGUAAUGAAAACCUACGUUUUACUUUUUACAGUUACAAAUUAUUAAUUUAAUAGUUUUUUUUUGUGCAGAUUUCACCGGUUGUAUGUAAGGGUAUUGUGGUAUUAUUAUACAAAAGACACAAUACAUAUUUACAAGCUAGGUUUUUUUGUCAUACAAUGAAUUAUAAUUUGUUUGAAGGUUAUACAAUUCAAUUCCCGUUAAUGUCAGAAACAAACAUAACUGUUUAAAAAUAAUUAAAACAACAUUAUUCAUUGGUGCUCAAGAAAAGCAAAGAAAAGAGAAUGGAUUCUUUCAAGAUCUUGCUUCUUAUGUUCUUGGUGAAGAACUUAAGUUUCUGCUUCGCUGCUGAAGUGCUGAUCCAUAUGUUUUUCUAUAACUUCGAAGUUACCUACAUUACCGCUUCUCUACUUGGUGUUCCUCAACAGGUUUAGUUUCUUCUUCUUUCUUUCUUUUUCUAGAUCUUUUAUUUCUGCUUUUGGAUUUACAAUUAAAGUUUGAACAUCAUUUUCCAAUCAAUUUAAGAUUCUGUGGGAUUUAAGAUUCUGAAGUUGUUUAAUUAAAGUUUGAACCGUUUGGAUUCUGCUCGUACAUUUAUCCACAUUUUUAAAAAGGAUUAUUUAUUUAUUUAUUUAUUUAUUAUAAGAGCAUCUUCAAUGGUUUGGCUUCAUUUUUAUUUUCAAAAGUUUAUUUUCUUCAAAAAAAAAAAAAGAAACAACAUUCACUCCAAUAGUUUGCUCCAUUUUUUUAUUCUAAAAAAUAAUAUUCUAAGUAUGGUUGCUAAAAAAAAAGAGAAUAUUCUAAGUAUAUUUCAUCUCUCCGUUAUCAUUAAUUACUAAUAAAACUUUAUACUUUUCAUUUUUACUAAUUUUACUUAACUAUUUUAUUUUACCAAUAAUCCAACAUAAUUAUUAUUUAAUAUAAAUUAAACACUAUCCACUAUAAUGAGUUUAUUACAUAACAUGAAUAAACAAAACACAAAAUAUCAUAUUUUGUAAAAGAGAAACAUAUAUAUAAUAUCAUAGUUUGUAAAAGAGAACCAUAUAUAUAAUUUUUUCUACAAGUGAUUAACAAAAGUAUUUAGAAUUAAGAGAUGAGAUUAUUUAUCUUGGAUUCUUUUUAAUCGAGUUAAAAAUUCUUAAAAAUGAAUAUUCAUAUGGUUUUCAAUAUAAACAUCUGAUUAUAUGAAAAUAAUAGUCAAAAUUUUGAAAUCGAUUGGAUAAUAUUAACGUAUAUACUUUAUUUUGGCAAAAGAUAAGAAUCAGUAAAAAUUAAGGAUCAAUUCACAAUAUAAAAAUUUCUUCUUAAAAAAUGAAGAUAUGCACAGUAAAUUUUUAAUUUUGAAGCAACACUAUUCACGGCUUCAUUUUGAAGCAAAACAUGAAGUAAGGUUGGAGCAAAUCUCACUUCAAAAUGAAGUAAAAAGUGAAAAAAAAGUGGGAUUGGAGAUGAUCUAACAUUUAAUUCCAGUGAGUUAAAGAUCUAAGUUUUAGUUUACCAAUAGAAUUAUAUAUAAUUAGUAUUCACAUUCUGUUAAAGAUUGUGUCAAAGUUUGGAUUUUCUUUCUGGGUUUUACUUGUAAUUUAUCGACAUUUUACAGGAAAAAGUUUUAGCUUUUUUUAUAUAAAAAUCUUAAUUUUGAAUGUUGUAUCAAAGACUGUUCACACUUUGAUAAAGUUUAUAUAUUUGUAUGUGGGUAUUACUUUAAAAAAAAAUCAGAUUUCUCAAAAGUUUCAAUCUUUAUGGUUUAAGCCAAUACUUAAUUCAACAAAAGAACGUAUUUGACUCUGACUUUCCAGAAAAUUUCCAGUGCUUUUAAAUUGUCAAAUGGUUUCUUGUUUAUAGAUUUCUCAAAGGGGUGGCUUAAAUUUCAGCUGAAUGAAUGACAAACGUUUCGGUCUUUUUAAACCAUCAGGGCCAUGUUCAUUUGUACAUCUGAAAGAUGCAACCAAAUGGUCAAUUUAGAUCUUUUAUUCUCCAUAUGGAUCUUGUUCGUUUCUAUAUUUCGUGUAUGCAUCCAAAUGAAUCAUCUGACUACAAAUGUUUGUUUGCUUUUUAUUUUUUCAACUUCCAUCUGCAUCUAGUUAAAUUUGUUAAUAUAUUUGUUUUUUACUUUUUUGGCGAAAAAUAGUGUUUUUACGUUUUUGGCGGAAAAAUGAGUUUUUCUGGUUUUAAUGAAAAAAUGUGUUGUUACGGUUUUGACGGAAAAUACAUUUUUACGGUUUUGAUGAAAAAGUGAAUUUUAUGGUUUUGGCGGGAAAGUGUUCUUUUGCGGUUUUGGCGAAAAAAUGUGUUUUUGCGGUUUUGGCCGGAAAGUACGUUUUUGGUUUUGGUACGUUUUGCAGUUUUGGUGGGAAAAUCCUUUUUUACCAUUUUAGCGGGAAAGUACAUUUUUACGGUUUUGACGGACAAGUGCGUUUUUGCGGUUUUGACCGGAAAGUGUGGUUUUACGUUUGGCUGAAAAGUGCAUUUUACGAAAAUGUGUGUUUUUACGUUUUUUGCGGACAAUGCAUUUUUACGGUUUUGGGGAAAAUGUGUGUUUUCGCUUUUGACGGAGAAAUGUAUGCAAAAAAAAAUAGGAAUUUGGUUUGAAAUUAAUAUUUUUGGUUUUAAAAUGUUAUUUUUUUCGCUCAUCAUUUUGGACUAAACUAGAUGCAUCCGCGUCCUGAUGCACCUUGAAAACUCACUUUCAUCUAAGUGAGAAUUUGAUAUGAUUUUCUAAAAUGCAGUUGGGUGAUCCAUCUGAAUGUUGUAUUAUAAUGCACUAAACGAACAUUGAUUUGCAUCUUCAGCCAGAUGGAUCAGCUGGGUGAGCAAACGAACAACACCUAGAUCUAAAACAACACAACUAGGAAUUUAACUUCAUAAAAAAACAACCUAAAUUUAUCUUUUAAUUGUGUUGUCAAGUCAUUGCUAUAAAUGGAAAGUUCCCUGGUCCUACCGAUUUCAUGUAACAUUGACAAUUGUUUGAUAGGCGGAUGUAAACGGGGAUGAAUGUGCCAAACUAACCUCUAACAAUAAAAAAAUCAAUCUUCAAAUUUGUGGUAGUAGUAAUAAGAAGAUGGUUUUGGCAUAAAAGUCAAAAUUGACCUAGUCAAUUUCAAAAUCGUUCAGUGAGUAAACCAAUUUUGGGGUAAAUCUUUUCUUCAAGCAACAUAUUCAUUCAAUCCACAUUAAAAAAAAAAGAGAGAAAUUGACAACACACAGAGAACAGAAGAGGUCAGAGCUGCCUCGAAGAAGUCCGUAUAAUGAGACUGUUAGGAUAUACAGCUAAUGAGAACGCCCCUUCUUCUACACACAGCAUUAGCCAAGACACCGACCGACAUGAGGCAGAGACGGCAGCUUCAGAUCCGUGGUGAUCGUCCUUCACCUCUCAGUGUCCACAAAGACUCCCACAAGAUUAAGAAACCUACUCCUCAUCGAGAGCCGGUGGUGGUCUCCUCGCCCAAGGUCAUACACACCCCAUUGAAGGAUUUCAGAAGCGUCGUCCCCCGACUCACCGGGGUUGACAACUCUGUUUUGGAAUUAGAAUUCAUUUCCGCCUUUGGACCAUCUGCCUCCAGAGGUUAUCAAGUCGUAACUAUAUACAGGAGAGGUGACAUAAGCAAUGAUGAUUUCAAUAAGGUCGUCAGGCGACUCACAAGGAAUCUUAACUCUGUUUCAGACCUUAGCAACUCUGCCUCUGAGUUUAGCACACCUGCUGCUGCAUCAUCCGCCUUGAAAGAAUAUGAUGUCGUUUUGAGAUACAGAAGAGGUUGCAUAAGCGACGACAAUUUCAUCACCCAUCUUCGUGCAGCCUUCUACCGGAGAGGGGUCUCUCUCCGUGAAGACAUCGAUGAAGUGGACGCAGUUCCAGAAUGUAGGGUUUUGAUCAUAUUCUUAACCAGCACAUACGUCCCUUCCAACCUCUUAAACAUUGUUGAACAACAAAGUAAAAAGCCUCGAGUGGUUUAUCCUAUUUUUUAUGGAAUAUCACCAUCUGAUUUGAUCAGUAACCGCAAUUAUGGGAGACCUUUUCACCAAGACGAGGCAAAAAGGUUGCAGGCUGCUUUGGAGGAAAUAACUCAGAUGCAUGGCUACAUAUUGACAGAUAAGUCCGAGUCUGAACUUAUAGAUGAGAUUGUCAGAGAUGCUUUGAACGUGCUACGUUCCAACGAAAAGAAGAAUAUGAUUGGGAUGGAUAUGCAGAUAAAGGAGAUCCUGUCACUGCUAUGCACUGAGUCUCAAGAUGUUCGCCGCAUAGGUAUAUGGGGUGCGGUUGGUAUAGGAAAAACAGCCAUUGCUGAAGAAAUUUUCCAUAGAAUCUCUGUCCAAUAUGAGACUUGUGUCUUCCUCAAGGAUCUCCAUAAAGAAGUCGAGCUAAAAGGGUACGAUGCUGUGAGGGAGGAACUAUUGUCUAAACUUUUAGAGGUAGAACCAGAUGUCAUACGUACUUCAAACAUUAAAGUGAGUUUCUUGAGGAGCAGGCUCCAGCGUAAAAGUGCCCUCGUAGUUCUCGACGAUGUGAAUGAUUUCAGGGAUGUUGAAACCUUCGCAGAGAUGCUUAGCUAUUUUGGUCCAAGAAGCAGAGUAAUCAUAACGUCUAGGAACAGACAUGUUUUUAUACUAUCCAAAACCGAUUAUGUCUAUGAGGUCAAGCCAUUAGAAUUUCCUAACUCUCUACAUCUUCUGAACCCCGGAAUAUUUCAGAGUGGUCUGUCACCCGAGCUUUACAAGACAUUGUCACUUGAGUUGGUCAAAUUCUCAAAUGGAAAUCCUCAGGUUCUUCAGUUCUUAAGCAGAGAAUGGAAAAGUUUAUCCAAAGAAAUUCAAAAAUCUUCAGCCAUUUACAUUCCAGGUAUAUUCGAAAGAAGCUGUUGUGGGCUUGAUGAAAACGAAAAGAGUAUAUUUUUAGACAUUGCAUGUUUCUUUAGAAAGAUGGAUAAAGACGACGUUGCAAUGUUGCUUGAUGGAUGUGGUUUCUCUGCACAUAUUGGGUUUAAAAACCUUGUUGACAAAUCACUGUUAACCAUAUCACACAAUACGGUGGACAUGCUCUGGUUCCUCCAGGCAACAGGCCGAGAAAUUGUUCGCCAAGAAUCUAUUGACAGGCCAGGAGACCGCAGCAGGUUGUGGAAUGCUGAAGAUAUUAGAGACGUAUUCCUAGACAACAUUGGCACGUCAGAUAUUGAAGGGCUUUUCCUGGACAUGUCGCAGCUGAAAUUCGAUGCAAGUCCCAAUGUAUUCGACAAAAUGUGUAACCUUAGACUGUUAAAGUUUUAUUUCUCCGAGUUGAUAGAGAACCAUGGAGUGUCUUUACCUCAAGGUCUUGAAUACUUGCCGACCAAGCUAAGGCUUCUGCACUGGGAAUACUAUCCUAUAAGCUCAUUGCCGCAAUGUUUUGAUCCAAAGAACCUCAUAGAGCUUAACAUGCCAAAUAGUUGUGUGAAGAAACUUUGGAAAGGCAAAAAGAGUCUGGAAAACCUUAAAAAGAUGAGACUGAGCUACUCCUCCCAGUUAACAAAGCUUCCAAGACUUACAAGUGCGCAAAAUCUCGAGCUUCUUGAUCUUGAAGGUUGCAAGAGUUUGGAAAGCAUUAGCCACUCUAUCUGUUAUCUUAAAAAGCUUGUUUCUCUGAAUCUGAAGGACUGCUCGAAUCUGGAGAGUGUACCAUCUACAAGUGAUUUAGAGUCUCUUGAGGUCUUGAAUCUUUCUGGCUGCUCGAAGCUAGAGAAUUUUCCGGAGAUCUCACCAAAUGUGAAAGAACUGUACUUGGGUGGGACUAUGAUACGAGAAAUACCAUCAUCGAUCAAGAACUUGGUACUUCUUGAAAAACUUGACCUGGAAAACAGCAGACACCUCGUGAUUCUUCCAACGAGCAUGUGCAAGUUAAAGCAUCUCGAAACGCUGAAUCUGUCAGGCUGCUCAAGCCUUGAGUAUUUUCCAGACUUCUCUAGAAAGAUGAAAUGCUUAAAGUCUCUGGAUUUGAGCAGGACGGCCAUUAGAGAGCUACCCUCCUCCAUUUCAUAUCUGAUUGCUCUUGAAGAAGUAAGAUUUGUGGGAUGCAAGAGCCUCGUAAGAUUGCCUGACAACGCAUGGAGCCUAAGAUUCAAGGUUGAAUUCCGUCAGAUUGAUACAGAGAAGUUUUCGAAACUGUGGAAUAGAUUAGAUUGGCUCAAAAAAGUUCACAUCUCUUAGGUCCUUCUUCUAUACUCCUUGUAAUUGACACAACAAAGAUUGUUGCUGUUGUCUACAAUGUGAAAUAUAUGAGAAGAACUAAGGGCUGAAUCCGCCUAAGUCUGAUUCUUUAUCUGAAUGUAGAGAAUGAUAUUUCAUUAUGUGAAUAUCUGGUAAAUGUUUGUUAUGUUACUUGUGUUCUUAGCUUUCUUAUAUAAUUUCAUGAUAUUGUUCGAAUUUGAUGCUGCUGUGGACUUGUUUCUUGAAUAUUUUUUUAUAGGAUUUAAUGAUCGAUCAUAACUAACAAGGUAUAAAGUUUUUUUUUCCGAAAAAUUAAUCUUAAAAUACAGAAAUAUAGAUGAAUUAAUUUGGGAUCUAUAAUGGGGAAGUCAUAUAUACCGCUGUUCUGUGGCGGCUCGAUCCAGGCAGCAUAAUGCAGCAUCUCGUUGGUGUUUGAAGAUUCAACACAAUAGCCGUCAUGUCUCUUACAAAAACUCCUUGUAUUUAACGAGUAUUUGACCGGACGAUCCGGGUUUAUAUGAGAAUCCCACACAUACACAAUGUCACUCAUAUCUCUUGGGAGCCCAUAUGUCAUAAUGCUUGAUUCAUCACUGAUAAAGCUGGACAAACCAUCACAUAUUUUCUUCUUUUCCCAAACCAACCUC